AUGCCAACAAUACCCCUCCAUCCUCGCGUGUCCAGCUCGACCACUUCCCUUCACAACCCACUUCCCCAGCUCCUUCAAACACCAUCGGGCCUGGCAAUCCUCGAACUACAAGGCACCAUCAACAUUCCAUCUUUGGAUGAUCAAGGCGCAGAUUUGCAUCCAGGCGAUGCGGAGGAUGGUUCGACGGCUGUGAUUACAUUCGAGACACCCAUCGGCAAACUCAUUUUCCCGGACUACUCGCCGCAGGCUCCAGACGACACGAAGUGGAUGAAGCGGGUAUAUCUCUACGUUGGACGAUAUCAGCGCAUGACAGGGGAAGUGAAGAAGCUGGUGCAACCACUCGCGCUUGUGCAAAAGCAAAAAAAGGAGGCCAGCGCCCGCGGUGACGAAGUCGCGACAGACGAGAAUGAGGAAUUGGAGGUCGUGGAAAUCAUCAAGUAUAAGCUCCUUUUCAAGAGUCGACCGGAGCCUGUCAACGAUAGUUGA